CAAGACGGAAAACAGGAUAUUUAUUUUUUCUGUUUACAUCCUCUUCAGUCACACUGAAUGUCUUUUCGUAUUUGGAAAAUAUCAGUUAAUUUUUAUAUAUAAUAUUCUUGCAUGAUCCUGUUAAAUGGUUGCUAGUUAGACUGUAGUGGCAUUUAUUCCCCAGUACUUCUCAUUUUCAUCUCUACACAUGGCUUUAAUUUACCCCAUGUAGUGGCUAACUUAAGAGUUGUGAAACUAGGGGGAAGAGGCAUCUAUUAGUAUCAGUCAAAAGCCUCGACACACCUUCUCCUUCAUUGUAGAUUUAUACUGAAGACAUCCAAAAACCUGUUAAACAACCCAGAAUAUGUUUUGUAUGUUUGUCCAAAGUAGCUCCAUUAAGCUUUGUUGACGAACACUCAUGACAUUUUCUCAUCAGAAUUACCAUUCACCCGGAAUCGUUUUUCAAUUCACAGGUGUGCCUUUUCAAGGGUUUGUGACAUUUCUUGCCUUCUUAAUGUGCUUUAGGCCAUCCGUUGUCCUAUGCAGAGGGAAGGAUGAGUAUAGAAGCCCUGUUGGUGCUACAACAACUACUGUAUAAAUCCUUAUUAUGCUAUUUGUCUAAGAAGAGCUUGAUGGAUUGCAGAUCGUUUGAAAUUAUUUGGACUGAAGAGUAAAGCAGCCAACAACCACCUCAACACAUCUGGAAACUUCUCAAGACUACCUCAUGAGGUUAUCAAUCAUGGAAUGGCCUGCCCAGACAAUGCACCUAAAUCCUAUUGAACUGCUCUGGGAUGAACUGAAUUGCAAGGUCAGCAAGAAAUCUUAAACUAGUGAAGAACACUUUGGCAAGUUUUCCAGGUGGCAUGGCAAAAUAUUUUAGCUGAAUGUUUGGAGAAACAAACUGUCUGGAUGCCAAAUGUGUAAAGCUGUUAUUUGUGCUAAGGGGGGAUUGAUUUUUUUUUUUUACGAAAUAAAAUUUAGAAUUUGUUAAAGUAAACGUUCCAGUAUAUAAACAGUGGGAACAUGCAUGUGUUGUCCUGGUGUGUGUCACACAUCCUUGGCCAAUAAACCCGAUUCUGAUUCUGAUGUGUGCAAGUAAAGGGAAUUUUUCCUGCUAGUGCAUCCAAGGACAUCCCAUGCAAUUGUGCCUCCAAUUUUGUGGUAACAGUUUGGGGAAGAACCAUGUAUGGCUGGACAAAUCAGGUGUCCCAAUAUCUUUGUCCAUAUAGUGUAUGUUAAUGAAUGCAAUUAUAGAGAAAGUGUUUCUAAAUUAGGCCUCUUUUCUCACAUACACACACACACACACUUACAUACACACCCCCAUACACUUACCGUAUAUCUCUUUGAAGCUAUUGAUUUUUGUCAUGCACCUAAAAAAAAAGACAAUUAAAACAUGUUCCGGAUGCUCAGGCCGAGCACAAAGGAGGUGUAGAAAUGGAAAAAGAUGUAACACCAAGCCCAGGUUAGUGUUAACGAUGAUUGACAGCUUCAGAAGACACGCGGUGUGCGUCAGUACUAAUGGCAGUCUGUAAUGUGUUCUAUAAUAAACUUUAUAAGACUGGAUUUAGAAUUAUCGACCCACAUUUCAUUUAUCGGUCAAGAUUGGAUACGUUGGAUACAAAAAUCAGGCGUGUGAACAUCUUCAGGAGGGUUGAGACGCACAUUAUUUUGCACCCUAUGCAAGUAGAAUAAACACAGAACUUUGUGCCCCAGUUAACUUCUGAUUUGUUCAAGCGGUAGCUUCUGCUGUAUAUGUGAUUACAGCUAGUAAGUCCGCCUGGUAAUGUAUAUGUUCAGAUGGCAAUUCUGAUAUAGUUAAUGAUUUUAAAAUGACCUAUGGAAAGAAAGUAGAGUUGAUAUUGUGUGUAACUGAGGUUGGCUUUCUUUACAUUUACAUUCCUGGCAUUUGGUAGAUGCCCUUAUUUUGAGCUACUUACAAUUAUCUCAUUUAUACAACUGAGCAGCUGAAGGCUGGGAUUUGAUCUCACAAGCUACCAAUAAGACCAUGCGUCCAAAUAUACAUACAAUUUUGACCCUCUAUAUUAGCAGUGUUAUUUAAUUGUGUCUGAACAGAGGACACAAACGCAACCACGUGUUAAAAUAUUUCCAGGCUACAAUGCGGGUACACGACAUAUGAAAUAAGCCGGUGUAAACUGGGAACCACAGUAGGUUGGGAUUUGGAUUACAGAUGAGGUCGAAAAGGAAAGUGUCCGAAGAACACGCGGGAGAAUAUUUCCUGUUCAGAUUUCAGCUUUAAACGAGGAAAUGGAGGGUCUCUUCCGGAGAUGCUAAAUUCAGGACGUUAAGAACGAGCAAUUGGACACAUGUUAAAUAACUGUUAUUCCAUAAUUCAUCUUCAGUUACCGGGCGUUGCUGCCCAACAGACAGCAGGUAUUGAAUAAACCGGGAAAUGGCUCGGCUCAUAGCAGGAGGGGGUGGAGGGGGGCUGACAUGCCUGGCAGAAAGCUGAUAUAGUAGUUUACAUGACUCCGGUACGGAUCGUUGCAUCGAGUGGAAGAUAUAACUUGAGGAGAUGCAGCGGGUCUGUUCCUAAUGGCCAGACUCUGAAACCGAAUCUCCAGGGUCAGUGUGUCUCCUAGGAAUUGCUCUAUGAGAGCACUUUAAAGCCAAGAGACGCGCUCAUUACCCUCUCACUGCACAGCUCACCACUCACACACACUCACGCAGAGCUUCCGAAAACCAUGGGACAAUUCAUUGCCUGAGGACUAAAUAUUAACAUCUUACAACUUACACUCCAGUGUUGAUAUUGAAGCACAGGACAACAUUGACGUGUCCACAUCAUGUCCGAGAAGAAAUCCAGACCCUCAGAUGCGCGUCCCAAAAACCUGCGUAGCUGGAGCGUGGACAGCUACAUCCGCAGCGUUAAGAAGCGCUCGCGUGGUCCGCGCCAUGACGCCCCUCCCAGAGGAGUAGAGGAUGGAGACGUGCCGGAUGAGCAGAACGUCCGCUCGACUUCCUGUCCCCAGAGACGGAGGGAGAGGAAGUGCAGCUGUACGGCUAUCGGAGACGGAGACAUAGACUCUGUGUGCAGGAAAGCGUUGUCUCGCCGAUCUCUCCGACAGAAGUUCCAGGACGCAGUGGGGCAGUGUCUUCCCCUCCGUGGCCACCAUCACCACCACCACCAUCACCAUCACCACCACCACCAUCACCAGGGCGGCUCGUCGAGACCAUUCUCGGUGCUCCUGUGGUCCAAGCGCAAGAUUCACGUGUCUGAGCUCAUGGAGGACAAGUGUCCGUUCUCGCCGAAGUCUGAACUGGCGCAGUGUUGGCAUCUUAUCAAGAAGCACGGCACGCAUCAGAACGCGUCAAUAGUCCUUGAGGACCACAAAAGCAGAAGGUUGACCUCGUCUUCUUCGACUUUCAUUUCCUGGGAGGAAGUCAGCUCAAACGGUGCAUCCAGCUUGACUGAUUGGGACGCGUCUUUUAUUCACGGGGCACCCCAGUGUUACUCACAUGCUGACUGCAUCUUAGUUCCUGAUCUCCUUCAAAUCAUCAACAGCCCAUGUUAUUGGGGCGUCCUGAACCGAUUCGAGGCCGAACAGCUUCUUGAAGGCCAACCCGAAGGCACCUUCCUGCUCCGAGACUCCGCCCAGGACGACUACCUGUUCUCGGUCAGCUUUCGGCGCUACAGCCGGUCUCUUCACGCACGCAUCGAGCAGAGCGGCAAGCGAUUCAGCUUUGACUGUCGCGACCCCUGCAUGUACAGAGACGUGAGUAUCACGGGCCUUCUGAAGCACUACAGCGAUCCAGCCACGUGCCUGUUCUUUGAACCUCUCCUGUCUCGACCCCUGCCCAGGACCUUUCCCUUUUCCCUGCAGCAUCUGUGCAGGGCGUUAAUCUGCAGCUGCACUACCUAUCAGGGCAUCGAGACUCUGCCCCUGCCGCAUACACUCCGGGAUUACCUCAGGCUAUACCAUUUUAAAUGUGACGGGGCAUGCGAGAUAUGACGAGCUAUUCACAUUUCAAAUGUCUUGAAUUAGAAUCAGAAAGAAUUCCACAAAUGUGUCAUUUUUUUCUUUAUUCCUUGUAGUCCCUGAUUUUCUGAGUGGGAUCAAUGGGCUACCUUUCUCUGAUCAGACUGAGCCAAUCAUUUAGAGCUCAUUUGUAUGAAACAGGGUGAAAAUAGUUACAAACUUUUCAUUAAAACUACAAAAAAACUUGAUUUCCCUGCACCUGUAGCAGAAUGUUCAUUUUCAUGUUGUACUACCAAGUUGUGGUACCAUCAAAGGUACCUCUUUUGUACCAAUAGUCUGUAAACCUAUAGGAUAUAGGAAUUAUACAUAAAUGCAGCAUAAAAGAAAACAAACGUUUGCGUACCUUGAUUAGCAUUAGCAUUUGAAGUUCGUAGGGAUUUCAAGGACAAUCACAAAAGUAUAUUUGUAUAAACGUGUACUCCUUCUUGUGCAACCCGAACUGCUGAGAUGAUCAAUGUCUCUAAGUGAACAUUAGCAUCAGUUUUAAAUCAUCACAUCAUUAAUGUGCAACUAUUUUCAGUCUUCUGCUUAAAAUCACUCAACAAGCGCUAGACAUGCUUGUUUUAAAUGUAAUAAAAUGGUGUCCAUCAGUGAUUCAAAACAGAAGAGAUGGAAACUCAUUUUUACCCUUCGCUCCUCUGUAAUGCUAACUGUUGUGCGUCAGGAGAGAUAAUGCGCUAGCGUCUGGCGCCGACUAAAUUGGGAAAAAAUCUGUAAAGAAAAUGCCCCGGCUGGAAAAAAAUGGUCUUCCUGAUGAAGCUCCUUUUGAACGAUCUAGUGAACGAGCACAGUGAUGCUGGGUCUUCUGUGGAAAAAGAAAAAAAACCUAAACCUGAUACCCUUAAUCGAUUUGAUUCAUAUAGCGCUUACUGUAAACACUGUCAUGAAGCAGAUUUACAGAAAUCCGGAUGCAGAUUUAGAUUAACGACUGUGACAUCGGCACGAGGAACCAGGCAGCAUGAUAUUAUAGAUUAUUUCAUAUAAAGGUUGAGAAGUCAGUACUGAGAAUGCAUUUAAAAUAUCUUUAUGAUUACAGCAGCAAAUUCUUGUGCAGUAUCCAGGUGAGAGUCAUAAAAAAAGAAAUUAAAGUGUUUUGAGGGUCUUUGAUUUAGAAAAUUCAUUUAGAGUCAUAGUUAAUCACUUUGAGAGGCUUCACGGUUGUAUCACAUGUUAUAUGAUACCAAUAUUGAUUUCAAAUUGAAUUAAUGAACAGCCUAAAGAUCUAUGAAGUUACUAAGCAACUCAAGAACCAUAAAGAUGGAUUUGGACUGUAAUUAAUACAAACACCUUAACAAUAAUACAACUAUAAUGAAUGGAUAUUCGGUGCCACUGAGAAUCUGGAUCCUCUCAUGGUUUCUCCCUUAUACCAUCUCAGGGAGUUUUCUCCACUGGUUCGCUCAUUAGAGACAAACUUAUAGGCAUUUCAACUUCAUAACGCUUUAAUUCUCUGUAAAGCUGCUUUGAGACAAUGUCCAUUGUUAAAAGCGCUACACAAAUAAAUCUGAAUUGAAUUAAAUUGAUAAAGUUUAGGUCAAAUUUGUUGCGUAACAUUGACUGCUAAUUUAACAAAUUGACCAUCACAAAGCAAGGUUACAAGGUAAACCGAAUUAAAAUAUAUUAUAUAUAUUUAUUUCCACAUGAAACAUAUCUUCUUAAAGGUUUCAAAGUGUUUAUUCGAAAACUGACCAGGUGCAAUUCAAAACCAUUGAACACGUUCAAAGGAAUACACAGAAAGAGCAAAGACAGGGCAAGGAGGUCAGACGAAACAAAUGGCUUCAAAUCUUUGGUAGGUCAAGACUUAAAUAUAAUAUUUAACAGAAAGUCCUUUUGGUAGGCAGGGAAGGUGUCCUAAGCUACAUUGUUUUAUAGACUAAAAACCCUUGUUUUGUCUUCUUUUUGGCUCGUUGAUAGAAUCCAGACAAACAACUUACAUAUGAUGGUUUUUCCAUCAGGCUUCCAGACGUAUAUUUAAAAAAGGGUUGCAUGCAGGAAGUGUGUUGUCAGGUAUAUAUAUAUCAGAUUAGUUGUGACUAAAGCCAACUAAUGUAAGUAAUGUAGCUCGAUAAUCAUACGACACUCAGUAGGACAAAUCGAUAGUCGGCAAUUUGUAAAUGUGGAAGCUCAAAGCUAAUUCUUCUGAAUUUGGACAUGAGCUGAAAAGCGCAAUACGUUUUAUAGAAUGAGCGAUCGUACUCACGAUUUUUUCCGAAUCACGUAAAAGAUGUACUGUGUUACAUGCAAACCAGGUCUCAAACAUAGACCUGUUCUUAAAUACACUGUAUGGGCAAAAGUAUUGGGACACCAGACUAUUGCUGCCAUUUGUGGUUUUUCUGCAAAAGUUUCAGGCGCACAAUUGUGUAUAAUGUCUGUGGAUGUGGGAACAUAAAAUUCUGAGGUUCUUAGCCUGCUACAGAGCUCUGACCUCAACCCUCAACCCUACCCACCCUCAAUCCCAACACCUUUGGGAUGAAUUGGAACGCUGACUUCAUCCCAGGCCUUCUACAUCAGUACAUCUCCGCAAGCACACUUCACAAUCUAGUGGAACAUCUUCCAAGAAGUGUGGAGGUUAUUAUAACAGUAAAUGCGGACUAAAUGUGGAAAGGGAUGUUUAAAAAGCACAUCAGGUGUGCUUCAGGUCAGGUGUCUACAAACAUUUGUCAAUAUAGUGCAUGUGAUGUUUGUGCGAUGUCUUGAAACGUCCCUCUAUUUGUUUUAGCAUAAAAUAAAAAAAAAUAGACUAAUUACAUAUUAUUAUGAUUUGUUUAUUAUAUUUCUUUCCCCAGUAUUCCCUUAAGUAUUUAAAAUCAUUUUAAUAAACUUUUACAUUUUUAUUAAAAUUUUAGUUUAGAUUUUACUACAACAUUUUUAGCAGAUUUGCACUCAUACCCCCAUAAUAAACAGAUGUUGUAAUAUAUAAUGUCUGAUACUCUAUAUGUAUACUGUGUAUAUAAACUGAAUGGAAUGGCCACAGUUUCUUCAUGUUGACCUUUUUGUUUUUGUCAGAAUAUCUGGCCAGAUGGAAACGAUGUUAAGGGAAGAAAGAAAAGCAAUCGGACAACUUUGUUUUCUUUUCCUGUCUUUUGAAUCUGACGUCAUGUCAUAAAGCACGUAUCAUUGAAAUGGUCUAUAUCGUUAACUAAAACCCUUCAUCUUCUGAAUAACAAUGUGUAGCAGCAGACAAUUUUCAAUAAACACUGCCUAUAAAUACUGAA